AUGUUCGAGAAAAAGAUCCUCUUACUAAGACUAGUCUUCUAUUCCAUCCGAGCAUACUUCUCCAUACUCACCCGUGCCCUAACCACAUCAUUCAAACGAACAUACUACCAAUUCCGCUUCCCCAAUCCAACCAAGCCCGAAGAUUCCAAGGACAAAAAUAUCAUCAUAAUCGGCGCCUCAUUCGCAGGCUAUUUUGCAGCGAAAAUCAUCGCAACUUCUUUACCGCCCAAUAGUCCAUUCCGUGUGGUGGUCAUUGAACCACACAGUCAUUUCAAUUUCACAUGGGUGUUUCCGCGUUUCUGUGUUGUGAAGGAACAUGAACAUAAAGCGUUUAUCCCGUAUGGGAGAUACGUUCCCGCGGAAUUAGUGAGAUGGGUGCAAGCUCGUGUUGAGAGGGUGGAAAAAGAGCAGGUGGUGUUGACGAAUGGACAGAGAAUUUUGUAUGAAUACUUGCUUGUAGCGACAGGCUCGGGUGCAACUGAUGGCCUCCCAAGCCGAGCUGGAGUAGAUGAGAAGAAAGAUGGGGUGGUGUUGUUGAGGGAGAUGCAGGAUAGAAUUGAGGAGGCGAGACAUUUGGUUGUUGUGGGUGGUGGUGCGGCGGGUGUGGAGUUGGCUGCUGACGCAAAGCAUUUGUAUCGGGAUAAAAACGUCGUUUUGGUGCAUUCGAGGCAGGCGGUUAUGAAUCGGUUUGGAGUCGAGUUGCAAGUAGCAGCGUUGAAGGGGCUGGAAGAUCUUGGUGUGGAAGUGAUCCUUGGGGAGAGAUUGGUGAGCGAAAAUGUGGAGGGAAAAACGGCUACACUGAGUUCAGGGAGGGAAGUGCGGUGUGACUUUCUAAUUCAUUGUGGUGGACAAAAACCAUCAUCCAGUAUCCUAUCCUCGCUCACACCAUCGUCAAUAACGCCUUCCGGCCACCUCAGCGUCAAACCCACACUUCAAAUUCUCGACAACAAUCACCCAAAUAUAUACGUCUGCGGAGACGUCGCUGACACCGGAGAACACAAUCCAAACGCUCGACACGCAAUGCAACAAGCAAAGAUUGCCGCGGACAAUAUUGUGCUUGCUGCGCGAGGGAAGAGUAAACAAUAUAAAUACAAGCCGCACUGGGCGGAGUCUGUAAUUAAGUUAACACUGGGAUUGGAUAAGUCUGUGACGCAUUUUGGGAAGGAUGGGACAGAAUUGUUGUUUCCUGCUGUGGAAAAUGAUCUUGCGUUGAUGUGUGACGGGUCGUGGAGACAUUGGGGGGUUGUUCCUUUUGAAGAUGAGUAUGGGGAGAGUAAGACGGAUUGA